AUGGAAAAUUUCAUAGAUCAAGAAUUAAAUAGCUGCGAUGAAAAUGAGGCAAUUUUGUUAGACAUUGAUGAUUUGAUGGAUUUUAAAAAGUCGCAUCCCAAAAGAAAAGGAAGAAAACAUAACAAAAACGGUGGACAGAACCGAAUCAAGGAAAAGGAAAAAAGCACUGAAAUUUACAACUACCCUAAUUUUCCAAUUAGGAACGACAAAAGUUUACAAAGUGAUACACAAAACCUCAGCGAUGAUGCGAAUGAAUUGUUAAUAAAAAGAGGAGAAAGAAAGAAAAGCCAUGGGCAAUAUUGGGAUGAGCAAGAGGAGGAAGAAGGAGAAGGUGGAAAAGAUGGAGAAGAAGAACAGGAAGAAAGACCAAUUGAUGGUUUAAAAAGAUGGAGAAACAAGUGCGAACCUGACCAAAGUUACUAUCGAUUCUUCCCACAUAUAUAUGGACGAUUGAAAAGUUAUUACAACAACGAUAUUAUUAAUUCGUUUAGAAAUAAGUUUAAUAGAAAAACACGAAGAGAUGAUGAUUUCUUCUCCCAUGAGAACUAUUUGUCGUUUGAUUUUCUGCACAUUUUAGCUAGCCGUUUAUACUACUCCAGAGGAACUAUGCGCAUGUAUUUUUUUGUUACCGUGCUUAAUCUUUUUACUCUUAUAUAUUCCCUAAGCAUAAAAAUAGUAAACAUUUUUGUUGUCACUUCUGAGAUAUUCAUAAUUUUGAUGCUCUUCAUGGAGAUUUUCCUACGUUUGGUAACACAGGGAAGAAGAUACUUUUACAAUUUUGAAGGUCUGUUCGACGUGAUUGUUACAAUAAUGUGCUUCUUGCUUCUGUUAAGUAGUGGAGAUUUAAAGGUGUUUUUUAAAAGUGAUAUGGCAAAAAUGAAGAAUACUGAAAUGGAAGAAAUCGUCUCGCAAAGUCUAACUGUUUUUCGAUUCUCUUUUCACUUGUUUAGAACCAUAACUCUUUUCAUGCACUAUGAAAGGGUGAAGGCACCAACAGACAAAAUCGACUUUUCGGUGCUAAAUUUAUCGCACGAUGAGGAGGUAAAGGAAGAUGAAGAAGAAGAUUACAUUGUGUAA